AUGAGGAGCCUGGGCCUGUUGCUGCUCUCCAGUCUGUUCUGCCGGUUGGCUUGGGCAGGGUCCCUGGAGUCAUGUGAGUCGCGCUGCGGGGAGCCCCUGAACCCCAAAGCUGCCUGCCAGUGUAACCGCCAGUGUGCCCGCCACAAAGACUGCUGCGAGGACUAUGCCCGCCUCUGUGCCCAUGCACCCCAGGCAACUCCCGAGGCAGGCGAGCCCUCUCCACGGUCCCGACGAUCAGCUGGUCUGUAUUCGGCUCCGGACUCCUGCCAUGGCCGCUGCCAUGAAUCCUUUGAUGCUCACCACUCGUGCCACUGCAGUGAUCGCUGCGCUGAUUUUGGGAACUGCUGUGCUGACUAUGAGAGCCUGUGUCAUGACCACCCGGAGGGCUUCUCCAGCCGUGGAGAUGCCAUCACGGAUGAGGAGCUGCUGACGGUCUCGGAGCAGAUCUACGCAGCCGACACCAACCGGGCCCAGAAGGCGGACAUCAUCCUCAACAGCCAGAGCUGCGUUUCCUCUUCUGAGACCGACGACCAAGUGGACCGCUGCCCUGAGCCGCUCUACAGCUACGUGAAUGAGCAGCUGUUCUCCAAGCCCACCUACGCCGCCUUCAUUCGCCUGCUGGACAACUACAACCGGGCCACGGGCCGCUGCGAGGAGGUCACCGACCGGGAGCUGGCUGAGCAGGACAACUUCCUCAGGACCAUCAUGGACACCCCCAUCCUGCAGGCGCUUUACGCCUUCCUGCACAGCAAAAAUCGCUAUGGCUCUAAGGAGGAGUUUGUGGAGGACCUGAAGAACAUGUGGUUCGGGCUGUAUUCCCGCAGCAGCGCAGAGGGAGACUCUAGCGGCUUUGAGCAUGUCUUUUCAGGCGAAGUCAAAAAAGGCCAAGUGUCUGGAUUCCACAACUGGAUCCGUUUCUACCUGCAGGAGAAGGCGGGGCUGGUGAAUUACUACAGCUACAAUUACGAUGGCCCUUGGGACUCUUACCCUGAUGUGCUGGGGCUCCAGUUCAAUUGGGACGGCUACUACAAGGAGGUCGGUUCAGCUUUCAUCGGCAGUAGUCCCGAGUUUGAAUUCGCCCUCUACUCUCUGUGCUUUAUCUCCCGACCCGGGAAAGUGUGCCGGCUGAGCCUGGGUGGGCAUCCUUUGGGCAUUCAGACCUAUUCCUGGACCAAGUCCACCUAUGGGGAUGGCAAGAAGUUCAUUGCCACAGCCUACGUGGCAUCAUCCAACAGGAAUUAG